AUGGACGCCGACUCGCUGUUCUUCUCUCUGGAUGCGGUCGCCGGAAGCGGAAACACGCUGAGUCCGGAGCAGAGAGCCGCCCUGCAGAGCUCGCUGCUCGUCCUCCGGAGGAGCUACAAGUUCCGCAGAGUCCUGUUCUGGGGCAAAGUCCUGGGGCUGAAGCAGGACUACUUCAUAGCCCAGGGCCGAGGGGAGGACGAGCUUCGGGACCGGAAGUACCUGUACAGCUUAAACUGCAUCGACUGGUUCCUGCUGCCUCCUGCGACCGACUCGACCGUCGCCCAGGUGUCCGGAGCAGCUCGAGGUCAGUUCGUCGGAGAUCCGUCGUUCGUGUACGAACGUGUCGAGAGUCCCAGAAUGUCAGAGGACGAGGCGGCGCAGGUCAAGGUGGCAGCCAGAAACAAAGUGAACGAGGAGACGAGGCUUUCGGUGACGGUUCACCAGAUCGACCAGGACGUCUCUGUGGUUCCUCGAGGAGCCUUCAUCAGGAACCAUCACGGCCUCGUCCACGUCAACCGCAGCUUCGCCGGUCUCUCUGAAUCAGAGGCGAAAAAGCUCGACAGCUUCCUGCACCUGAGCGAGGCCAAGAACCCGAAGAACCCAAAGCCGAGAAGCGUCCUGCAGAACGGAGAGCUGAACCCGGCGAUGGACUUCCUGGACGUGCUGAGCGACGACGUUCCUAAAGGCUCGUGGAGUCUUCAGUUUGAAAGCGCCGGCAGAGUGUGCAUCCUGCGCAGCCUGCUGUGGCUCGGACUCACCUUCUACCACCUGCCCGGGACGCCUCAGCACGGGUACGUGUACAUCGGAGACGGGACCAAGCACCUGGACCUCCCCUUCAUGCUGUGAACAUCGGCCUUCCAGCUUCUUCAUGAUUCUGUUCAAAUAGAACCAACAAGGCCCUAAAACAAAUAAAGCUUUCUUUUUGUUCUCGUCCA